CUCAAAACUUGUUAAGCGGUCGCUAUUGGGGCACACCCGAAGAAGAAAUAGCACAAGAAACUGAAGCCACGCAAACGCCAACGAUUGAUCGCGGUUAUGAACUUGUUCAAUAAGGUCUAACAAAGAUUUCUGCGUGGAAGAAAGGCGAAGCGUCAACAUUGUUUGAGUUCAAAAGGACGACGUUCACGGUCGUCCUGUCGGACUGAACCCCGGAGAGCAAUCGCACUUUUCUGGCUGCUUCUCACUUAGUUCCAUUCCGAUAUUGGGACAGGCGGUCAGGAUGGAUCCCGCCCUACUGAGGGAGAGGGAGCUCUUCAAGAAGAGAGCUUUGUCCACGCCGGUUGUAGAGAAGAGACCAACUCCGUCAGACUCUGGAUCGCACAAGAAGAAGAAGGCCAGAAUAGAAAAGGAGGCCUCAUCGGGGUCCAAACAGAAUGCUGAGUCUAGCAACGGCAGUUUUAACAUCAAGACCAGCUCCGGCUACAAGUUUGGUUGUCUUGCAAAGAUAGUCAAUUACAUGAAGACAAGACAUCAAAAUGGCGACACGCACUUUCUGACACUCGAGGAAAUUUUGGAUGAGACCAAACUUCUUGACAUCAGCAUGAAACAAAAGCAGUGGCUGAUGACUGAGGCUUUGGUCAGCAAUCCAAAAAUUGAUGUCCGGGACGGCACCUACGGCUUCAAACCCAAGUACAACCUGAAGGACAAAAAAGCUUUAUUGAGGCUGCUGGACAAACAUGACCAACUGGGCCUGGGGGGCGUGCUACUGGAAGAAGUGGAGGAGGGGCUGCCCAACUCGGCAAGGGCCAUCAAGGCUUUGGGGGAUCAGAUCACAUUUGUGACCAGACCAGAUAAGAAGAAGAUUCUGUUCUACAAUGAUAAACACUGCCAGUUUCUGGUGGAUGAAGAAUUUCAGAAACUGUGGAGGAGCGUGCCGGUGGAUUCCAUGGAUGAGGAAAAGAUUGAAGAGUACCUGAAAAAGCAAGGCAUCACCUCCAUGCAAGAGUCAGGCCCGAAGAAAGUGUUACCAGUUCAAAAGAGGAAGAAGCAAGCCGGUCAGCGAAAGAGACACUUCAAGACGCACAACAACCACUUGGCAGGCGUACUGGAGGACUACGCGGACGGAGUGCCAGUCAAAAAGUCAAAUUAAACACGGACCGCUCACAUACUGUAUUAUCUUAUUUUGUUCCUCUUGUGGUCCUUGUGAAUCGUGACUACUUGCCGGAAUCCAUUUUUAGCUAUCGAGCCGGAAGGAUGUUUGAAGAGGGGGGUGGGGGGGGGGGGGGGGGGGAAUAUUCAAGAGCCUUUUUUCAGACGAAGCCGUCAUUGAAGGGGCCGACACCACUUUGCGAACCAAGCCGGGCUGAAAUGUUUGUAAAUAGUUUGCUUUGUUAUACUUUUAACACCAAAGCGUGUAUGUAGAGGACUUUAACUUCAGCAAUGCAUCGAGACAGUUCCAUGUUGAUGAUUCUCCACCCUUGUGGGGGGUUUAAAUGACUUUUUUGUCAUGCAUCACGUGUCAUCCAGCGUGGAUCAACUUUGUCAACAACAGUUAAUUGUUUUACUUUGCAGGGAAAUUCCAUCCUGCUUUUUAAUAAAAUACUCCAAAAAAUUUGACGUUUCUAAGACCUUCUGAAAUUGCCUGGAAUUAUGCAUUCUACAUUUUGUCAAAUAUAAAGUGUAAGGUGUCGCACUUAAAGCUAUUGUGGCUGGAGGUGAAAUGUGGAAACCUGCUCAAUUAUCUUUAGCUAUUAAAAACAAACAAAAAAAAAAGAAAAUACCAGGUAACCACAGCAACACUAAUGGCUAUUUAGCCACGUU